UUUAGCUCACAAGUUUUUCUUCUAAGAUUACAUGGAAUAGUUACAUAAAGUUAGUUGUUGUUAUGACAACAUUAACUUACCUUUCUACCUUGGAAGAAGUAACUUCGUGCCCUGAUAAUGUCUUGGGCCAUGAAAUUGGACACCUAUCCCCUGAUGUGGUAACGAGAUAUAUUUUCUUUCUUCGGUCAGAACUGCAAAGUGCAAGACAAUACAUAGAGGCAAAGGACCAAGAAAUCAAUUUCCUCAAGUUCAAAUUAAACGACAUGAAUAUAUCAGACCCGUUCUCACCAGACACAUCCGCAUCCUGUUCAACGAGCAAUCAUAAUGGAUUCAUAAAUCUAACACUUCAUAAGACAAAGGUCUCCCAGUCUUCAACAGGGUGGGGUGGUGACUGCUUGCGAGCAGUUGAUGGUAAUACUGAUGGGACCUAUAAAAAGAAUGGUGUCACACAUACUGAUCCGAAAGUUGAUGAGGGUUGGGCAUGGUGGAGUUGUGAUUUGGAUGGUUGGUAUAAGGUCAACUCCGUAAGAAUUUACAAUAGAGUUGAAUGUUCUGAAAGAAUAGAUGGUGCUUCAAUUCUGUUAGGGAAAAAAGUAAUUGGAACUAUUCGUUAUAACCAAGGACAACAACUCUAUGAGUUUUUUGCUGACAACUAUCCUGCAAACUGUGUAACAGUGAUAUUGACGACAGGAAAGCCUCUUUCAUUGGCACAAGUGGAAGUUUGGGGCAACAGCAUGCAAAUUCAUCCACUGUAUAAUGUUGCUAAAAAACAGCCUUGCUUCCAAUCUUCAAUUUCACAUUUGCAUGGUGGUGAUCCAAACAGGGCUGUUGAUGGGAUUGAAGAUCCAAGGUAUAUCUCUGGGCAUACAACUCAUAAUGAUAAUAAGAAGGAGAAGUCAGCAUGGUGGAAUGUGGUGUUGGAUAAACGGUUUAGAAUACAUGAAAUCAACUUAUUGAACCGUCUGGAAUGUUCUAAGAGGAUAAACAAAGCAGAAGUGUUCAUUGAUUCUUAUCUUAUCCAUACAAUCGAAUACAAACCUGGAUUGUUGUGGUAUCACAUACCAGUAAAAGGAGUUAGGUAUGGCAAGAAAGUAGAAAUCAAGUUGAAUACUGGAGAACCACUUAGUCUGAGUGAGGUGGUUGUUAUGAGUGAUUGUACCACUGAACCAGAUUUGAUAAACUUGGCUCAUAGAAAAACUCGGGUUACACAGUCUUCAACUGGAUGGGGUGGUGAUCCACUUAGAGCUGUUGAUGGUAGUACAGAUGGUGUUUAUGAAAGUAAAGGGGUUACUCAUACUGAUCCUGGGAGAGAUAAAUCGUGGGCUUGGUGGCAUUGUGAUCUUGAGGAUUUUUACAAAAUAAGAUCAGUAAAGAUAUACAAUAGAGUAGAGUGUGCUGAUAGGAUUAAUAAUGCUGCCAUUCUUUUGGGAAAGAAAGUCGUAAGAACAAUCCAAUAUGAAAAAGGCAAGCAAGUCUACGAAUUUCUUACAGAUGAUUACAGUGCUUCAACUGUAUCUAUAAUGGCGCAGGAGGGUCAACCUGAAAAGAACAUUGCUUGA